UAGUACAGAUUGUCCUCAACUUAACAACAGUUCGUUUAGUGACGGUUCGCAAGUUACCGCAGCCCUGCAAAAAAAAGUAAGUUAUGACCAUUUUGGAUUCCCCCAUUGCGACCUUCCGACAAGUAACUCAAUAGGGAAGCCGGGUUCCUUUAACACAUCUUAUUUAUUUAUUUAUUAUUUAUUUAUUUAAUCAUAUUUAUAUACCGCCCUAUCUCCCGAAGGACUCGGGGCGGUUAACAGGCACUUAAAAAACAUAUAAAUACAUAAAUACAACAUAAAAACAAUUAAAAAACUUAUUCUAAAAGCCCGAUAGUUAAAAUUAUGAUUAAAAAUAUAAAACUAAAACCCAAUUUAAAACCCAUAAAUUUAAAAUCUAACUCAGUCCCGCGCAAAUAAAUAAGUGUGUUUUAAGCUCGCGGCGGAAGGUCCGAAGGUCCGGAAGUUGACGAAGUCCUGGGGGCAGUUCUUUCCAGAGGGUGGGAGCCCCCACAGAGAAGGCCCUUCCCCUGGGCGUCGCCAGACGACAUUGCCUCGCUGACGGCACCCUGAGGAGUCCCUCUCUGUGAGAGCGCACGGGUCGGUGAGAGGUAUUCGGUCGCAGUAGGCGGUCCCGUAAAUAACCCGGCCCUAUGCCAUGGAGCGCUUUAAAGGUGGUCACCAAAACCUUGAAGCGCACCCGGAAGGCCACAGGUAGCCAGUGCAGUCUGCGCAGGAUAGGUGUCACGUGGGAGCCACGAGGGGCUCCCUCUAUCACCCGCGCAGCCGCAUUCUGGACUAACUGCAGCCUCCGGAUGCCCUUCAAGGGGAGCCCCAUGUAGAGAGCAUUGCAGUAAUCCAGGCGAGACGUCACGAGUGCGUGAGUGACCGUGCAUAGGGCAUCCCGGUCCAGAAAGGGGCGCAACUGGCGCACCAGGCGAACCUGGUAGAACACUCUCCUGGAGACGACCGUCAGAUGAUCUUGUUAUUUUAACUUAACCGCUGUGGCUAGAAAGGUUGUAAAAUGGGGCAAAACUCCCUUAACAAACGUCUCCUUUAACGACAUAAAUUCUGGACUCCAUUGUGUCGUAAGUUGAGGACUACCUGUGCAAGACUUUACCGUAAAGGCCAGGAAAAAUCCAUCCCCUCCAACAUGCCUGCUGUGGAAGAGGAAUUUAAGAAGAUUUGACACACGCAAACAUCCAGUUUUUUGUUUUUUAUUUUUUUGCCAUUGGGAUUUGCGGGAGCCAAAACUUCGGCCUCGGUCCGAUGGAGUUGGCCGAAAAAACGCUCAUUCCAAGGGCCUUCACUAUGGUCAACGAGUCCCACGGCGAGUUUCCUCCGGUGAGCAACGGCCUCGGCCUCACCCGAUCCGAUGGCGCCAACAGCAGCAGCAGUGGGGAGAGCUCCCAGAACAGCUCCCGGUGCUCCACUCCCAUCCCGGACAUGGAGCGUCACGAGCGCCUGCGGGAAAAAAUGCGUCGGCGUCAAGAAUCCGGAGACAAGUGGUUUUCCCUGGAAUUCUUCCCUCCCCGGACGGCCAACGGAGCCGUGAAUCUCAUCUCCAGGUUCGACCGCAUGGGGGCGGGCGGCCCACUUUUCAUCGAUGUCACUUGGCAUCCAGCUGGCGAUCCGGGCUCCGAUAAGGAGACCUCGUCCAUGAUGAUGGCCACCACUGCCCUCAACUACUGCGGGCUAGAGACCAUUCUCCACAUGACCUGUUGCAACCAGAGCAAGGAAACCAUCACCGCCCACCUACAGAAGGCCAAACGUUUGGGGCUGAAGAAUAUUAUGGCGCUACGAGGAGAUCCUGUUGGGGAAGAAUGGGAAGAAGAACUAGAGGGCUUCAACCAUGCAGUGGACCUGGUGAAGCACAUCCGUCGGGAGUUUGACGAUUAUUUUGAUAUCUGCGUGGCAGGUUAUCCUGGGGGACACCCCGAGGCCGAGAACUACAUCGAUGACUUGAAACACCUCAAGGAAAAAGUGUCCGCCGGAGUGGAUUUCGUCAUUACGCAGCUAUUUUUCCGGACGGAAACCUUCCUCAAAUUUCUAAUGGACUGCCAGGCCAUCGGCAUCAGCUGCCCCGUGGUUCCAGGGAUAUUCCCCAUCCAGGGUUAUCAUUCUCUGCGCCAGCUUGUGAAGCUCUCAAAAUUGGUGGUGCCUCAGGAAAUCAAGGAUGUCAUUGAGCCCAUCAAGGACAACGAUGCGGCCAUCAGGAACUAUGGCAUUGAACUGGCCGUCAAGAUGUGCCGAGAACUCUUAGACAGCGGCCUGGUCCACGGUCUGCAUUUCUACACCCUGAAUCGCGAGGUGGCCACCAUGGAGAUCCUACGACGGUUGGGCCUUUGGAAAGAAGACCCAAGGCGUCCUUUGCCAUGGGCGGUCAGCGCUCACCCCAAACGGCGAGUCGAAGACGUCCGGCCUAUUUUCUGGGCUUCCCGGCCGAAGAGCUACAUCUAUCGGACGCAGGAGUGGGACGAAUUCCCCAACGGGCGAUGGGGCAACUCUUCGUCCCCCGCCUUCGGGGACCUGAAAGACUACUACCUUUUCUACUUGAAGAGCAAAUCCCCCCGAGAGGAACUCCUGAAGAUGUGGGGAGAAGAACUGACCAGCGAGGAGAGCGUCUACGAAGUCUUCAGGUGCUACAUCGCUGGAGAGGCCAACAGAAAUGGACACAAGGUCACCUGUCUGCCAUGGAAUGAUGACCCUCUGGCCGCUGAGACCAACCUCAUGAAAGACGAGCUGGUUAAAGUCAACCGGAGAGGCGUCCUGACCAUCAACUCCCAACCUAACAUCAACGGAAAGCCUUCCACGGACCCCAUCGUGGGUUGGGGACCAGAAGGUGGCUACGUCUUCCAGAAGGCUUACCUGGAGUUUUUUACCUCCGCCGAGAACAUCAAAGCUCUGCUCACAGUUCUGAAAAAAUAUGGACAGCGCGUGAAUUACCACAUCGUCAACGUGAAGGGAGAAAACGUGACCAACGCUCACGACAUGCAGCCCAAUGCUGUCACGUGGGGGAUCUUCCCGGGCAGAGAGAUCAUCCAGCCAACUGUGGUGGACCCAGUUAGUUUCAUGUACUGGAAGGAUGAGGCCUUCGCCUUGUGGAUCGAGCAGUGGGCGAAGCUUUACGAGGAAGAAUCGCCGUCCCGUAUGAUCGUCCAGUACAUUCACGACAACUAUUACCUCGUGAACUUGGUGGACAACGACUUCCCCUUGGACAGUUGUCUCUGGCAGGUAUUGGAGGACACCUACGAGCAGCUGAACGGCCCAGGAAAGGAAGAGAAAACCGCUGGAUUUUGAAACGGGGGACUCCCAACACAUUUUGGUUUUUUUUACCUCCCAUCACAAAUAACGGCAGCUAAGAAACCCAGCAGUGCCUUCGUUUCUGCUAGGUUUUCCAGUUUUUUAAAUAAGAUUUUGGAUGACCAGUGCUCCGAACCGGCGGUCCCCAGCUUGGCGGCCUGGCCUGAUGAUGUGUAUGUGUGUGUGUGUGUGUGUGUGAGAGAGAGAGAGAGAGAGAGACAGGCGCACGCACGACGGGGGUGGCAUCCUCCCGGUUUAACAACCGGUUCGCUGAGCGCACGCGCCGCACUGAAGAAAACUCACCUCCCGCAUGGCUGCUGGCAAGGAAAACAGCUGAGGCGUGGCAAUCCACUUUAAAAUCGGAGCGAACCGGUUCACUCACGGCUGAUAAGUCGGAGCUAAACGGUUCGCCCGAACUGGUCCGACCGCUGACGCUCCAGUGGAGCUUCGUCCACGAGUGGAGGGUGUUUGAGUGAAGGGCACUUGUGCUCACGUGGGAAGCUCCCCUCGCACGCAUGAAGGCCACGGGCGCUCGGGCGCCAAGCUCCAUUCACACGAACGAUUUGCGCGGGAAUGCAAGGGCCCACCUCUCGCACGAGUGCGCCCUCCAGUCGUGUUUAGUAGAGCUUCCCGUACAAAGCAGACUUGCCUGUCGGUCGGGUAAGUGGAGCUUCACACUUGCUCCUUUCUCCUGCGGCCCGGUUUUGAACAAGCUGUGACCUGGUAGUGCGCCACGACCCAAGAGUUGCCCCCCCCCCAAAACUUCCUAAGGAGCAGCCACGGCCAGCUUGGCUGAGACUUGCAACUCUCCCCUUUUUUUUUUAGUUCCCUCACUCCCCACACCUAUUUAUUUUGAUUUUUGUAAGCAGUGUCGAGAAUUGUCUUCCUCGUUUUAUUUCGGGAGGGGGGGGAGUGGGAGCGGCAGCUGGUGGAACCUUUGUAAAGGGACGAAAAAUUAAAUAAAAUGACUCACACACUAACGUCCCCGGGCGUGGCCCCAUAAGGAGAAUGGCUUCGUCGGAAGGAAGCGUCUUGGGGGGUCUCCAAUGCCAAGGAAAAGUUUUGCCUCCUCCCACCUGCCUGGCGGAAACGGCACCGAGCUCACCUGUCUCAGAAUAAGAAGAGCUGGAAGGAACCUUGUAAGGCAUCUAUUCCGACCCCUCACCCAAGCAGGAGACCCUCCACCAUUUCUGACAGAUGGCCGUCCAGUCUCUUCUUGAAAGCUUCCAGUGAUGAAGCUCCCACAACUUUCGAAGGCAACUUCUGUUCCAUGGGUUGAUUGUUCUCCCUGUCAGAAAAUUUCUCCUUAUUUCUAGCUUGAAUCACUGCUUGGUCAAUUUCCAUCCAUUGUUCCUUGUCUGGCCUUUGGGUGCUUUGGAAAACAGCUUGACCCCCUCCUCUCUGUA